AUGGAAGCAAUACUUUCUCCACUUUCUAAUGCUGAUGGUUCUUGUGAAUUAAAAUCAAAUUUAUCUUUGGUGCUUUGUGGAGUUAUGGGUCCAGGUGAUAUUUCGUCCUCAAAACGACUCUUUGACAAAGCAAAUAUUUUCUUUUCUAUCAACAGAAUUCCACAAAAAAGCAAAGAAGAAUUAGCUUCAACUGUUCGGCCUUCUGUUUCUAAACCAAAUUCUUCAUCAUUAUCCUCUUCUUUUGCUCAUACUUCUGAUCGUUUUAUUUCUUCUAUUGUUAAAGCAUCAAUUGAUGAAUUUGCCUAUCCCCGAACUUGCAUUCAAAUUUGUACUCAAGAAUUAAAAGCUGACGGGCCAACAGAUGCUUUACAUUUAAAUUCUAUUUGUUUGGCACUUUUGGAUUCUGGAAUUCGAAUGCAUUAUGUAUUUGCAUCUGUCACAAUUGGAAUUAGAGCUAUAGAUGGUGAAUUACUGAUAAAUCCAGACCAACUCCAAUCAAAUGCUAGUAAAGCUAUUUUAACUUUUGUUUUUCGACCAUCGGUUAUUUUAAGUGGAAAAAUGAUUGGGACACAUUCAACAGGGGAAUUUACAUUAGAAGAACAUAAUAAAGCUUUGAAACUUGCCGAACAGAAUUGCCUCGAAUUAUUUGAUUUUUAUCGUCAAAAAAUGCAACAGAAAUUUAUUUAUCAUAUAAAACCAAAUUAAAUGUUUAAAAUUUAUUUUUUUUAUAUUUUAUGAUCUACACAAAUUAUUAUGUAUUUUUUUGAUUAUUUGUUGUUUAGGAAAUGAGUUAAAUUAGAAAAAUAAUUUUUUAUUUGUUUUUCUUUCAAAUGUUACAUCAUUUUUAUAUAUUUUGAUUUGUUUGAGAAAUAUUUUUAUCCUUGGAAUUUUAUUUGCACAAAAAUUAUAUUUUUGACUGUUUUCGAGUUUAUUGUAAAUUUGAUUUUAUUACACGUUAAUUUGAGUGAUAAAAUUAGGGUAGCAC